GUGACAGUUACCCGCCGUUUGGGCCGUUUCAGGGGUCUCUAUUUUCAGUCUGAGAUCUGGGCCAGCAGCCAGCGGUAACAAGAUAAUCGUUCGGCGCGCAACCAACGCAUUCUCUCGCGCGUUUUGUAUUUUCCGGCAGGCGCGAAGAAUACGCAGUAAUUCUCACUGCGCAAACAGCCGAUAGCCGCCGCCAGCAGCAGAAGCCACAGCGUUGCAAGAAUUUUCCCGAUAAGCGGUUUCGGCUUGCGUUUCGUUUUCCCAACCAAACCACGAGAGCGUUUCGAGCCGCUCACCGAACAGAGUGCUCCUCAUUGCCUUUCGUGCGUGCGUGCGUGACAGAUGGCGCUCGAAUGAGCGGCGGCGAAAUUUGCAUCCGACGACUAUUUUUAUUUCUAUUCCGGUUCACGGAUUGAUAGAAACCGACGGAAGGGAGGUGAAUUCAGGAAACGUCGGGAUGUGAAAAUGUGACUUCAAUCCUUUCAAAAAGUGUGUAUUACCGGAUUCGUUCAGAUUCACAAAAAUAAGCUCACCAGUGUUCAGAUUCACAAAAAUAAGCUCACCAGUGAAUGAAUGUAUUACAAAGUUUACAGCUGAAAAGUGCACACACAGAGCCAAAUUGCAGCAAAGAAUAGAAAUAAGUCAUUUGCAUAGAAAGUGGGUCGCCAACGAGAUGAGGAGGCUUCUGCCAAAUGUGAGAGGUGACAAUUGAUCAAGCGAAAUACGAGUCAGCGUGAAAUACCUGUUGCUGAAAAGUGAUUUGUAAAAAAAAUAGUGUAAUACCGAAAUUGUGAAACAUUAAGAAACAAACAGGCAUACAAUUACUUCAUCGUUGAAAAUCAUAAAUCUCUAGGAAACAAUGUCUUCGUCAUCACUCAGCCGAGAAGAGGAGCGCAAGCCACUGAUGGAAGAAUUCUAUCGGCAACGAAGGAUACUUCUCGGAUGCACCUUGCUCAUUGGUCUGGCUGUGAUAGUGUGGAUCAUUGCCAUUUCAACCGAUCACUGGUUCAUUGUUACAGGUGGACAAGGCAUAUUCAUACCGGAAACCAGACGCUAUUUCAAAUCAUCACAUUCUGGGCUGUGGAAGAUAUGCCGGUACGGUGUGACGCCGACAGUGCUGCCCUUCUCGAAUGCCACCCGCAACUUCACGACGCUUUCGUACAUCAACGAGAAUCGAAUCGAUAAUAUGAAGAAGACAAUCGCCAAAGAGGACUACAUCCAGCAGUUUCUCAAGGAAGGUCUCCGUGUCGACAAUCUGACCGAGAUCGAUGACAACUUCCGGCGGCAUUUGUUUGCCAGUUGGAUUACCGACGACUUGAGCUACUUCGACUCGCUGAAAGACGUUUACCAUGAGAUCACUGCCCGACACAGCCAGCAGGAAAGUGUUUCUGUGCAAAAGCUAAAAAAUCCACCCCUUAUGAUGCUGGAUCCGACCGACAUUAGCUCACUAAAGGAGACAGUCGGUGUAUCCGGUGCACUUACCACUGUAACGAUAAACUCUACGGAAAUCAAUGUUCUUGUGCCGCAAUCGCUGAGGGAUGCCUUGUUUGACGAGUGGGAACACAAGGCGGGAGUGAUUUAUCUGCUGUGGAGCUUUUCGAAAGCAAUGCGUAUCGAACCGUACAUCACUAGUCCCGACGGCACUAAAUACAUCAUUAGACCUCCACUGCCUCCGAAAAAGGGUCGCAUCGGAAACGGAUACGAGUAUGUUCCAUUUAAAAAGUGCAAGCUGCAUGAUCUCUUCCCCACAGAGGAAACCAUUCGUCAGGACCCAUCGAUAAACGACGAAAUCCUAGAGAGAGGAGGGGAUCCCUUCUACGUUUCCGAGUUCGAAUCCGAAGAUUACAGCCGCACGGAGGCAUCGUUUGCAUGCAUUACGCUCUUCAUUAUGGUGAUGGGAUUCGUUUUCUCCGUUUACACGUUCAUGAAUCCACGCUACAUGUUCAAGCGAUUAGCAGGUGGCAUACAUUUUAUAUCAGCGGCCACCAGCAUCGUCGUCAUCCAAGUUCUGAUAGCAUCGGUAGAGUACGAGAAAGAGAACAUUUCAUACACCUUCCCGAAGGGUGCGAAAUACAGUUACGGUUACGGCUUCUAUCUGGCAUGGUUCGUAUUCCUAUCGAACCUCUACUCGGGAUUGGCCUUCAUGUGGUACUCGAAAAAGAAGAAGGGUAAUAAAGCGGCCACCGAAGAGCUGGGAAUGGCUGAUGAACCAAUCAACAUUGGACGAUAAAAUUCUUCUCGUCUAGAAGAACAUUAGAUAUGUAAACAGUGGAACAAUGAAAUAGUUCCAAAGGCACACAACUUUCGACUCAAAUAGUUAUAAUAUUGAAACAUACGAAAUCUAUAAGCUGAAGAGAUCAUGUAUUGUUUUGGCUUUACUCUCUCAAAUAUGUUUCACGUGUUCUCCCCACAUACUAUUCAGUUUUCGGUUUGCCCUCGGAAGUUAAAGAAAAUGGAAAUACGGCAUUACUUAAGAUAUUCAAUAGAAAUGCGCAAAGACAAAAUUGUAAAUAUGUUGAUAUGUUUUUUUUAAUGUAAAUAAGAGAGAAUCGUUCUCGUUAAACUACAAUGACCUAUACUAAAAUUACAAGCAACACGUCAGCACGAGCGUCGAUAAAACCAACAAGACAUUUUUAUUGAUACAAUGUUUACUUUAGAACGGUUAGCACAAGUGGGUUUCAAUUUGUUAUUUUUGUAACUGUUAUGCGAAUUAAAUGACAAAACUCAAGAAGAUAGAAUAGUUUCUCUAUCUAAUCUCAUGAUGACAUUAACGCCAUGUUGAGGCCUUUGCUCAUUCAACUCAACGAUAAUACUACGGGUGGGUUUUACCUAAGCUAUAACUGCAAGGUUGACGUAGAAAGUCCGUUGCCUUAGUGAUCAUUGUAGUAUU